AACAGUGGAGGAAAAAGAGGUCUACUCCUCCUCACUCCUCCACUCUUCUUUCUUCAUUCAUAGGGAAGCCUGUGAGCCGAGACCCCUCUCCUCCUUGGAUGGACCCUCAGAGUCGUGAAACUCUGUUUUUGCUCAUAGAUCUGGAUGGAAACUGAAAGUCUGACCUGAUUGCUGUAUCUCCUAAUUGGGGAAGCUGAACCGCAGUGAGUUUGACAUGAACUUUAGUUGGACUUGAGGAGCUUCCAGAGUCGCUGUCUGGAGGACUCAGAGCUUAGAAAGAGCGUUUUUAGUCUCUGGGGGAUUCGAAAGGUGCCUUGUGAAAGGAGACAGGACUGACUUAAAAAUUGCCUCCAGUUUUCCAAGCUUUCGUCCCUGGACCACCAUGGGUUCCGAGGUUCGUGACCUGAACUCCCUCCUGCCCUCGGUCCCUCCAGGCCCCAGCCCCAGCUGCACAGCGCUGCCCGUCAGCACGGCCCCUCAGUGGGCUCCUGUCCUGGACUUCCACACCGCUGCCUCCCCUUACCCCUCACUGGCUGCUCCCCAUUCCUCUCUGGGGCCCCACUCCUUCAUCAAACAGGAGCCCAGCUGGGGAGCCACAGGGGACCCACACCACCACGACACAGACCCCCAUUGCGGCCUCAGCGCUUUCACAGUGCAUUUCUCGGGUCAGUUCACGGGCACGGGGGCCUGCAGGUACGGGGCAGCGUUCGGGGCCCCCCCUCCUCCUGCUCCAACGGCACCCAACCAGCCUGCGCCUGUGGCAGCGCCUCACCACCACCAGCCCCCCAGCAGGAUGUUCAGCAACCCAUCGUACCUGAGUAGCUGUAUGGACACCCAGCCGGCAGCCCGAAACCAGACAGGUUACAGCACGGUGGCGUUCGAUGGAGCCGGUAAUUACGGGCACACUCCUACGCACCACAGCUCGCAGUUCUCCGGCCACUCCUUCAAGCACGAAGACGCUCUAACCCAGCCGAACACAAUGGGUGACCAGCAGUAUCCCGUACCUCCUCCCGUUUAUGGAUGUCACACACCUUCUGACAGCUGCACAAGCAGCCAGGCUCUGCUGUUGAGGAACCCCUACAACAGCGGAGACAAUUUAUAUCAAAUGACCUCUCAGUUGGAGUGUGUGGCAUGGAACCCUGUCAAUACACUGGCAUCCACCCUUAAGAGCCAUGCACCAGGCUACGACAGCGACCCCAACACCCCCAUGGUGUACAGCUGCAGCACACAGUACCGCAUACACACACAUGGAGUCUUCAGAGGCAUUCAGGAUGUGCGGCGGGUUCCCAGCAUCGCUCCAGCCAUAGUCCGAUCAGAGACCAACGAAAAGCGUCCGUUCAUGUGUGCCUACCCAGGAUGCAACAAGCGCUAUUUCAAAUUGUCGCACCUGCAGAUGCAUGGCCGCAAACACACAGGGGAGAAACCCUAUCGCUGUGACUUCACAGACUGCGGCCGCAGUUUUUCACGGUCUGACCAGCUUAAAAGACACCAGAGGAGGCACACAGGAGUUAGACCAUUCGAAUGCGAGACGUGUCAGAGAAAGUUCUCUCGGUCUGACCACCUUAAGACACACACACGGACUCAUACAGGUAAAACAAGUGAGAAGCCGUUUAACUGUCGGUGGCCGAACUGUCAGAAGAAGUUCGCCCGGAGCGACGAGCUGGUGCGGCACCACAACAUGCACCAGAGGAACCUCACCAAGCUCCAGAUUUCCAUCUGAGUUUGUGUUGUCGAACGGGCAGCUUAAGCCUGAUGUGGAAGUCCAAUUUUCUGAGGUGUACUUACAGUCAGACUGCAGACCUAUAAUUUUAGGUUUUAGAAAGAAAAAAAAAACAUUUUAAAGCCUUAGAAUCUGAGUUAAAGUUUUGCUUGGUUACAGUCCUGACUCUUCUUUAUUGUUGUCAUUUUGUCGUUUGAUGCUUUGGUUUAAAAGGUUCUCAAGGCCCUGUCUCUCAAAUUGGUCUUACAGCACUGUGCAACAAUUCUUAAUUCAUCUACAAUGUCUUUGCUUCCAAUGCACCAAAUGACUUGGAUUUUUUUCCGAUUGUACAGAUUUAUAAUUCUCAAGGCUUUCUGAAGGUCUUUUUUAAGUCUUAUUCUGUAGCCAUUUGUGGCCUUUAUUAAGGGAACCUAGAGGUUCACAUUCCUAUAGGUUUUGAAAGAAAUAUUUGAAAGAAUGUAACAAAACAUGUAAAAAGAUCAAUUACACUAUGAAACUUUCCUCUAAACCAAUUAAAGGGCUUAACUGGUGCUGGCUGGGCUCCAGCUCUGUUUCCCGCACCAAUAACAUAGAUUCUAUCGAACUGGUUCCUUUUUCUGCAGAUCUUUGUAGGUACACAGGUAAUAGCUGUGAGGACUUAAUAUGUCAGCUUAAAACACUAAUAAUAAGAAUAAAUAAAAACCUGUUUGUCCAAUGCAAUCAACUUUAGGCAUCAAAUCAUACCCACUUCAUGGAAAACCAUCUUCAUCAAUUGUUGAUUUUAAGUAAUUACCUAAAAUCUGCUUAUAAUCUGCUGUAAUAUGAUAAUAUACUCAGAUAAAGGAGAUGGUUCACUGUUUCAACCUGAGGUUGAUCAAGCAUCUGAAGACCAGCCUGAACUGGGAUAAAAAAAACAUUAAACAGAAAUAGUGUGUAAGAAGACAAAAUACGAUAAAAGAUAUAAAUGAUCAGUUUGGAGCAUUUUAUGUUUACUAAAAAAUAAAAUGAAACAAAC